GUCUAUCUCAGCUUCUUGCAUGUGGGUUCAGCAGCCAGGACUGUAAAUCUGGGCACGUACAGAUCUGUUUGCCUGCUCAUGUAGAUGAGGUGGUUGAGCCUCUGCUAUCACUUAUUUUCCCAUUCCCACCUAGUGUUUUGUAGGCUACAAGGAACAAGGAGGAGCUCAGAGGCUGUCACUGAGAUGGCAUCUGGUUCUACAUAUCACCAUUUCCAUGGUCUUCCCCAAAGCCAGCUCUUCACCUGAUGGAGUUCCCUGCUGCUGUCUGGGUGCUUUGGCUGGGAAAUCAGGAGGGGAGAUCUGCGUGGUGCUGCCUGAGUCGCCCUGCCUGUCUCUGCCAGAGCCCCAAAGGAUUUUGCUGAUAGCUCUGCUCAGAAACUUUAUCUCCUGCCAUCAGGAUCCAUAUAAAAAGGACUUUGGACGUUCUGUAUUAAAUAAGCAGCCUUUCGCAAAAGGCUUCAGAACUGCUUUCCCUCCUCGCAGGUGGGAUUCCAGGCUUUGGUGGACAUGGAAGAAGAUUGUGGCCUCCUGUGAGUUUGUAAGAGCAGAGCUGUCAGUCUCCAGCACAGGCUGCCCAAAGAAGCUGUGGCUUCCCCACCCCUGGGUGUGCUCAAGGCCGGGCUGGAUGGGGGCCUGGGCAGCCUCAUCCAGGGAGGAUGCCCAUCACAAGGGGUUGUCACUGGGUGGAUGUUAAGGUCCCUUCCAACCCAAGUCACUCUAUGGUUCUAUAAGAUGAGCAGACCAUCACUAUUCUGACUCUUGAAAACUCAGUCUCACAAUGAAUAGCCAAUAUAUCACCUUUGGAAAGAGUUCACGUCCUUCCAAUGCCCCGCCUGCAGCCGUGGCAUCCUGCCUUGCAGGCUGUUUUCCACCAGCUGCAGGGCCAGCAUGUUCCAUUGGUAUCACAGCAAGGAGAUAACGUAUCAAGAAAUCUUAUUUCUCCUCACCAGCCAGCCUGAAAUCUGCUGAGACUGAGCAAAAUACUGGAGGGGACUUUGAAGCCAUGACUCAGGUUGCUCACUGAUAUAUUAACCCUUUGGAUUGGGAGUAUGAUAAAAAUGGGGAUGAAAGUGGAAAACGGUGUCUCCUUUAAUGUUUGGAAGCUGAGUGGGAUGGAAAAUGUAUGUGGUCCCAUCCUUAAAUCCCCCGAUUAGUUGUAGGGCCUUUAGGCAAGCAAGGGCAAGUGGCUGCUGUCUCAGGGAUGUGAUGGCUCCCACCACGUUUGGGAAGAACAGAUACAGCUCUAUGGAUAAAACAGGCCUUAGAAGAGCAUGACUCUGUAAUUGAGUGAAGUCUGUAAAACAUUGGGACUGAUCUUCCAUGAGGACUGGGGCUCGCAGCAGGAUCCUGCAGGCUGAUCAGGCAGUGAUGAAGCAAAGAGGAGGGAACAAGCCUGUUCCCGAGUUCCUGGUGCACCAGAGGCGAUCUACACAGUCCUAAAAAGGUUGCAAUGAAGAGACGGGCACCAUUCAUUACUUAAAUGCACGGAAAAACUCUGCCUGCUUUUGCAGUAAAAAUUAUUGAUCUGCUUCCCCUUAUCUUGCGUGAAGCCUGACUCACAGGGCUGUAACAGCAAUCAUUUUCAAGCUGGACUUUUCAGCAGGUUUCAAGCAGGAAGAUGUUCCUCCAACCCCUGGGACACGUGAGAGACCACAGGUACAGAGACAGCAUUGAGUGCACCAAAGCCUGACAGCACCCAGAACACCAAAACCCUUGGAGGCUGCGCUGCAAGGGCCAUGUGCAGACAGAGGACCAAGCUCCCCUUCUCCUUCCUGGAGAUAGCCCUCAUCACUCUCCUGGUGCUGAUGACAGCAGUGACUGUGGCCCUCCUCGUCCUCCACUUUGUCACUGGGGAGAGCAGCUCCAGCAACGAUUAUGAUGAACCAUCACCAACCCAGAAGCCAACAACUGGUGGCUCAGGAAACUACUUAGUGGGUGUAGGUCGCGCAGACUGCACAGGGCCUGUAGCAGAAAUUCCACUGAUGGGCUAUGCCAAUCCUGACCAGGUGGGUGGUGGGCUUCUCACACGCCUCUACAGCCGAGCCUUCAUUGUGGCUGAGCCCGAUGACUCCAGGAGAGUGGUGUUUGUCAGCAUUGACAUCGGGAUGGUGUCCCAGAGGCUGAGGCUGGAGGUGUUGAAGGUACUGAAGAGCAAGUAUGGCGAGCUGUACCGAAGGGACAACGUCAUCUUGAGCGGCACCCACACGCACUCAGGGCCUGGUGGUUACUUCCAAUACACACUCUUCUGGAUCACUAGCAAAGGGUUGAUCAAACCAAACCUCAAUGCUAUAGUGAAUGGCAUUGUAAAGAGCAUUGAUAUAGCACAUCAGAACAUGAAGAGAGGAAGGCUUUUUUUAAACAGAGGCGUGGUAGAAAACAGUCAGAUCAACCGCAGCCCUUACUCGUACCUCCAGAAUCCAGCAUUUGAACGCAGCAGGUACUCAGCCAACACAGAUAAAGAAAUGGUGAUGCUGAAGAUGGUAGAUGAGAAGGGACAUGAGCUAGGACUCAUAAGCUGGUUUGCUGUGCACCCUGUCAGCAUGAACAACACAAACCACCUCGUCAACAGUGACAACAUGGGCUACGCAUCUGUCCUGUUUGAGCAGGAGAAGAACAAGGACACGCUUCCUGGAGAGGGCUCUUUUGUUGCUGCCUUUGCAUCCUCCAACCUGGGGGAUGUGUCUCCCAACACCAAAGGUCCGUUCUGCAUAAACACGGGGGAAUCGUGUGAUAACCCACAGAGCACCUGUCCUGUUGGGGGGGCGUCGAUGUGCAUGGCCAUGGGACCUGGCACUGACAUGUUUGACAGUACGAGAAUUAUUGCACAAAAUAUCUACUUGAAAGCAAAGGAGCUGUAUGCCAGUGCUGCCCAGGAGCUCACUGGGCCCCUCCGCUCUGCCCACCAGUGGGUCAACAUGAGUGAUGUCCGGGUGCAGCUCAAUGCCACGCACACGGUUAAAACAUGCAAACCAGCCUUGGGACAUAGUUUUGCCGCAGGGACCAUAGAUGGAGUGGGGGCUUUCAACUUCACACAAGGCGCAGUAGAAGGGGACCCGUUCUGGGACAACAUCCGGGACCAGCUCCUGGGAGAGCCAUCCAAUGAAACAAAGGCUUGCCACCAACCAAAGCCAGUCCUAUUUAGCACCGGGGAGAUGACUUGGCCUCACCCCUGGCACCCUGACAUCGUAGAUGUUCAGAUUGCUACUAUCGGGUCAUUGGCAAUUGUUGCUGUUCCUGGAGAGUUUACGACCAUGUCGGGACGCAGGCUGCGGGAAGCUGUUCAAAGCGAAUUUGGCUCUCACGGUACAGCAGGGAUGGAUGUUGUAAUUGCAGGUCUGUGUAAUGUCUACACCCAUUACAUUACCACCUAUGAAGAAUACCAGGUUCAACGGUAUGAGGCAGCAUCGACUAUUUACGGACCACACACCCUUUCUGCUUAUAUCCAGCUGUACAGAGGACUUGCAAGGGCUAUCGCUAUGAACACAGUGCAGGACUUGCCAAGUGGCCCUGAGCCCCCACUUUUCAAUGUAACCAGCCUGACCUUGGUGCCUGCUGUCAGUCCCGAUAGAGCACCGGCGAAUAAGACAUUUGGGGAUGUGCUUCAAGAAGUGAACGGACAGUAUCGAGUGGGUGAAGUUGCCACAGUAACUUUUGUAGGUGCAAACCCCAGGAACUCUGCAGAGAACAUGACUGAACACAACUUCCUGACAGUGGAGAGAUACACCAGCAUUUCAGGGAGCUGGCAGGUGGUACAGAACGAUGCCUCCUGGGACACCAGGUUUUACUGGACCAAAGGGUCGUCUAGCCAGAGCAACGUGACAAUUGAAUGGCACAUCUCUAGCGGCACAGAGCCUGGCACCUACAGGAUCCAGUACUUCGGGCACUACAGGAGGCUGUUCAAGCAAUUCCAUCCCUUUAAAGGCACAUCCGCAGCAUUUGAAAUUACAAAUCUGUAGCCAACCAUUUUCAUUAAAAGAACUGUUGCCUUCAAACAGUAGAUUUGAUACCUGUGACGUUCAUAUGAACACCUGGGAGGUUUCCUGUGGCAUUUUUCCUCUCACAUAAGGGAAAAAUGUCCCUUAUGUGCUUCUCGUUGUCCUUUGCUAUGCAAAGCUCAGCCUGCUGCAAAGUUUUGACUUUUACUUGCAAUUCAGCCCCCUUAGUUUGCCAUAUUUUCAUUCAAAUAGUACCAGUCCCAGAUGGAUCUCAUUGAUUCUCACUGUACUACGAAAUGCUCUGUUUUUCUUUACUCACUAAAUAAAUGCUUAUUGAUUGUGAA